AUGUUCUUGGAAUUGCAGUCAAUCUUUGAGCGGAUUAUAAGUGUUUUUAGUGAUAAGUCUAGAUCUUUAGAGAAUCAUUAUAAAUUUGUUUUUGAAAAGUAUGCUACGGUAGAAAAAUAUGGAGAAUUAUAUAUGAAUGUCGAAGAUUUUGUCAAUGCAAUUACUUCAGAAGGAGAAUGUCAUAAGAUAAAGCGGGAUGAGUAUUGUAUUCUUUUUAGGGUAGCAGAUGUGAAGAAAAAAGGUCUUUUAAGUUUGGAAGAUUGGAUUUGUUUUGAGAAAUUACUUGCAAAAUAUGAUGCAGAAUAUGAGAUUAUAUUUAAAUUUUUUGAUAUAAAUGGAACAGGGAAGAUUUCAUAUGAAGAUUUUAAAAAGAUAAUAUCUACGAAUAAAUGUUCGGAUAGUAUUCCUUUUAAUUGGAACACAUCAUGGUCAAAAAUUUAUAUGAGUAAUGUAAGAAAAUAUAAUAUGAUGACAUAUCCUGAAUUUAUUCAAAUGAUGAAAGAUCUUGAAGAAGAACGUAUAAGGCAAGCUUUUGUUUAUUAUGAUAAAGAGAAUUUAGGAUAUAUUGGAUUGGAUGAGUUUUCAAAAAUUAUUAAUAAACUGUCUUGGCAUAAAUUAUCAGAUUAUCUUUUAACGCAUUUGCAUACUCUUUGCAAUAUGGUUAGUGGGCAAAAAAUUAGCUAUGCUAACAUAAGGGCAUUUCACAAUGUUAUUGGAAAAAUGAAUAUGAUUGAGCGUAUUGUUAGAACUGCUACUUUGAAUUCACCAGAUAGUAGGAUUACAAAAAUUGAUUUUAUGAGAGAAGCUGAAAAAAUGGGAUGCUCUUCUUUAUUUACGCCUAUGGAAAUGGAUAUUUUAUUUCAUUUUUCUAGUUUAGAUAAUGAUACAGGUCGUUUAAGCUAUCAAGAUUUUAUAAAAAUCUUAGAUGUUUCAUGGAAAAACUCUGUAGAACAAAAGAAUAUUCUAUCUUGUGAUGAAUUGAAAAUAGUAAAUAAAUAUGGAAAAAUAAAAAAGUUACUUCCAAAUUUGUUGGACAGUAUUUAUCAUUUUUCAUUAGGGGCUGUUGCUGGUGCAUCGGGUGCCAUUGUUGUUUAUCCAAUAGAUUUAGUAAAGACAAGGAUGCAAAAUGCAAGGAUCAGGAUUGGCGAACAGAUGCUUUAUAGAAAUAGUUUUGAUUGUGCAAAAAAGGUUUUAAGAAACGAAGGUAUUUGGGGGUUAUAUAGUGGAGUGGGUCCUCAAUUAAUCGGCGUGAUACCAGAAAAAGCUACAAAGCUUACAGUAAAUGAUCUGGUUAGAAAUAUAGUUAAAGAGGAUAACGGUAAAAUAAAACUUUAUUGGGAAAUAUUAGCUGGUGCUUCUGCUGGAGCUUCUCAAGUGAUAUUUACAAAUCCUUUAGAAAUUGUAAAAAUAAGACUUCAGAUGCAAGGAGAACACAUUGUUUCUUCUAAGGAUGCUUUUCGUAAGAAUGCUUUAUUUAUUAUAAGAGAUUUAGGUCUUUCGGGACUUUAUAAAGGCACAUCUGCUUGUUUAUUACGCGACAUACCUUUUAGUGCUAUAUAUUUUCCUGUUUAUUCUCAUUUAAAGAAUGAUUAUUUCAAGGAAAAUUCUGGAAAAAAAUUAAAAAUCUUUGAGCAUCUUGUUUCUGGUGCUAUUGCUGGUAUCCCUGCUGCAUAUUUUACAACACCUGCAGAUGUUAUAAAGACUAGAUUACAAGUAGAAGCUAGAAAGGGCGAAACAACUUAUAAAAGUAUUCGGCAUGCUUUUUUUACAAUUAUUAAAGAAGAGGGUGUUUCGACUUUGUUUAAGGGAGGACCUGCUAGAGUAUUUCGUUCAUCACCUCAAUUUGCAUGUACAUUAGCUGUAUACGAAGCAUUACAAUCAUUAUUUUCGAAAUCUACACAUUCAUCUCAAUUAUUAUUUGAUUCGAAAGAGAAAAAUGUAUCUUUGCCAUAUUUACGAUCCUGUAAUGCUUUACAUACUAUACUUGAUAUGGAUAUAAAUUAUGGGAAUUAUUUUAAGCCUUAAUGUAUAUAAAAUCAAAAGUAUGAGAACUGGUUUAAUAUUAAUAAGGAGAUAUAUUGAUAUUACUUUUUCUCUGUCUUAAUUUUUAGAAAAACUUAACCAAAUUUUA